GUCCCCCCACCACUACUACUUCUUCAUCUUCUUCUUCUUCGUCACUCUACACAGCCUGCUCCCUCUGCUCGUCAAGGGGAGCAACACCAGCCCAGAAACGCCGCAGUAGCACAGCGGAAGCACCACCACCACCACCACACAAAUGUCGACGAAGUCUCCAAUCUUCCCCAUUCCGGAGCCCCAGCACUUCAGCGACUACGGCUUCGACCCUCAGCUCGACUUCUUCCAGGUUUUGGGCGAAGCGAGGAGGCACAAGCGAGACGCGGCCGCCGCGAGGCCCAUCGACUCCAUCCACUUCAAGCUCCAGAAGCCCAUCUCCAAGGACGACCACCACCACCACCACCACAAAUCCAAGAGGCCUUCGUCGUCGUCGUCCUUCCACAAGUUCAAGAACAAGACCCGGUGGUGGAGGAACGCGCUCCUCUUCUUCAAGCGGUGGGCCCACCACCACCAGCAGUGCGACCGCAUCGAGGACCCGCACCGCACCGUGUCCAGGCCCCCCUUCCGGGGCUCCGUGUCCGGGCCCGUGUACCUGGCCGAGAGCAGGAGCGUGCCCCCCGGGACGCCGUACCGGACGGCGAGCAGGCCGUCGUCGGGGCCGCUCGCGGGGACGCUGACGCCGGCGAGGAAGGGGGACGUGGAGGUGCCGUACGUGAGCCUCCGGGAGCUCAACACGGAGCCGCCGCCGCCGAGGACCUCCACCUCCUCCGCAUUCCCCAUUUACCUGGUCACUUGAGCUCCUUCUGCCCCCACCCCCCCACUUCCUUUCGUCUCUGAAAAGGAGGAAAGGCUUUUCAUCCUCCUCCUUUUCGUGUUUGCUGCUAACUUCUUUUCACUUUUCGUUUUCACUUCUUUUUAGAACAGUGAAACUGGCGAACCUCGUGCAUUGACCCAGUCAGCUCGCGAAAUCGCAACCUCUUUUUUUUUUAACCUUUUUCUGAUCAUGUUUCGGUGAGCAAGAAUGCGCAAAUCAAUGUGAUGGCAUUAGAACGAACGAUGUACAAGACCAUAAAUUUAAGAAAAACAUAUGCUCAGAGGAUUAUUGUUUAA